AUGACCAGGUACCUGGAUGAAUCGGAUGUCAUGAUGGUGGAGGAGGGCUUCACCACUCGGGAUCUCCUGGAGAGUCUCCUCCUCAAGGUUGCCCAGACGGGCAGCCGAGAAGCCUUUUUUGUGGCAAAUCUGGAGGACGUGAUGAAGAAACAUGUGCGCCUGCUCAAGGCCCUGCCGCGGGUCAAGCCCCUCUACCCCUUGAAGUGCAACAGCAGCAGGGGCGUGGUGCAGAUGCUGGCAGGGCUGGGGGCUGGAUUCAGCUGCACCAACAAGACAGAGAUGGCCCUGGUGAAGAGCACUGGAGUUCCACCGGAGAGAGUUGUCUGCACCAGCGCCUGCAAACAGGUCUCCCUGAUCCGAUAUGCGGCCAGCCAAGGGGUACAGCUGAUGACUUUUGACAAUGAAGUAGAGCUCGGGAAAGUCGCAAGGAGUUUCCCGUCCGCCAGAAUGAUUCUGCAGCUGGCCACGGAUGACUCCAGGAGCGCCAAUCAUCUGAGUGUGAAAUUUGGUGCCACCCUUAAAAUCUGCCGACAUCUCCUCGAGAUUGCCAAGCAGAUGAACAUCGAGGUGGUGGGCAUCAGCUUUCACAUUGGAAGCAGCUGCACUGACCCUCAGAUCUUCACCCAAUCCAUAGCAGAUGCUCGCCUGAUCGUGGAAAUGGCUGCAGAGCUGGGCUACAAGAUUCGUCUCCUGGACAUUGGAGGAGGACUUCCCUGUGCUGAAGAGUCAAGGAGGCACUUCGAAGAGACAGCAGCUGUGAUCAACUCUGCCUUGGACCUCUACUUCCCUGAAGGCUGUGGGGUUGAGAUCCUUGCUGAGCUGGGGCGCUACUACGUGCAUUCGGCCUUUACCUUGGUGGUUAAUGUCAUUGCCAAGAAGGAAGUUCCUCUGGACCAGCUGGGCUCAGACGCCCCCCAUCCACCCACCCACCUUGCAGAAUCCACCUGUCUGGGGGCUUCCCAUCCUCUGUCUCCCAAGGAAGAUGCUGAGGGCAAGAAGAGCUUUGUCUACCACAUUAACGAUGGCGUCUACGGCUCUCUUGGCUCGGUCAUCUUCAGCAACAUCUGCCCCGUCCCCAUUCUGCCUAAGAAACCCCCACCAGAUCUCCCUUUGCACAACAGCAGCUUCUGGGGACCAACUGGUGAUGAGUUGGACCGAAUUGCAGAUGGCCUGGAACUGCCUGAGCUGCAGGUCGGGGACUGGCUGAUCUUUGAGAACAUGGGGGCCCACUCGGUGCUGGCCUCCUCCUCUUUCCAGGGAUCUCCCCCAACCCCAAUUCACUAUGCUAUGUCCAGAGUGGCCUGGGAAGCCGUCCAGCUCCUCCAGGGGAAAUCGCUGUAUCUGGAAGAAGAGGAUCGGGAUAGCACAUGUGCCCCCCUCUCCUGUGGCUGGGAGAUCACAGACAUCCUGUGUGUUGUCCCUGUCUUCACUCCAGCAAGCAUCAUGUAA